AUGGUGGACGUCCUGGGCGGCCGGCGUCUGCUGACCCGCGACGGCGCGUGGGUGGAGGCCGAGGCCGCGCUGCAGAACAAGGUGGUGGCGCUCUACUUCGCCGCGGGCCGCUGCGCGUCCAGCCGCGACUUCGCGCCGCCGCUCUGCCGCUUCCACGCCCAGCUGGUGGCCGAGGCGCGGCCCCCCGCGCCCUUCGAGGUGGCGUUCGUGUCGGCCGACGGCAGCGAGCGGGAGAUGCUGGACUUCAUGCGCGAGCUGCACGGCGCCUGGCUGGCGCUGCCCUUCCACGACCCCCUCCGGCACGAGCUGAGGACCAGGUACCACAUCUCAGUCACCCCCAGGCUGGUGGUUGUGAAACCGAGCGGGGAGGUCAUCACCGACAAAGGGCGGAAGCAGGUCCGCGAGCGGGGUCUGGCCUGCUUCCAGAACUGGGUGGAGGCCGCCAACAUCUUUCAGAAUUUCUCCGGAUGA